GUGCGCUGCACAUAAAUCCGUUUCGCACUUUGGUACUGAGUGAUUUUAUCAAACUUUACUUACAAGAAACGUAAAAUGUAGAGCUUUUUUCUGCAUUUCAAUUUGGGCUGAAACAGCUCGUUGUGGUUUUUACCUUUAUAUAUCACUCUGCUGUAAGCGAAAAAAAAUGCGGAUUUCAGAUUUUGUAAUCAUCGCUGUUCUGUGCACCGUGCAGCGGAAUGUACAGUCACUUUCACCAAUUCCCCCGGACGACAGAAUUGAUUGCGCACCAGGUAUAGCCGCGCCGACGGAGAAUCAAUGCUCACAGCACUGUGUUUUCGAUAAAGAAGCUGGGGAUAAUACGGGAGCGCCAUCGUGUUAUAUGCACCCAGACACUCACAGCUACCGCUAUGCUGGGAAAUCCCAAGCAGAUACUGCCGGCUGGACGGUGGUUGACACAAACCGGGAAACAGUCCGACUGGAGCUGCAAAGCAAUCUCUCUUUCACUACCGCCGGAGCUAUUCGUGCUCUGGAAAUUGAAUUUGAGCGAUACUCUACGCGGGUGAUGGGCUUCCGCAUAAGGGAUGCCGAUUCUAAAGGAUUCCAGGUUCCCAGAUCGAUUGUCAAACUGGCCAUUCCGCGUCGCCUAAACAAUCCUUUCUACCGUGUGGAAUAUGUGACCGACACUGCAAAACCAUUUAGCUUUCGAAUCGUGCGCCGGUCCACAAAUGUUACUCUAUUGGAUACAUCCCUUGGUGGUAUGGUCUUCGAAGAAAAGUUCAUUCAGUUUGUGACCAAACUGGCAUCGAAGUACGUCUACGGUCUGGGAGAAAACCAGCAGACAUCCUUCCGCCGAGAAUUCAACUGGAAAACAGUUCCGUUGUUCUCACGAAGAACGCCGGCUAAUUUUCAAGAAGAAGGCCACAAUUAUGCCGGUGUCCAUCCGUUUGUGAUGGUGGCUGAAAAAGAAGGCAACGCGCACGGAAUUUUCCUCCUGAAUAGUAACGCCAUGGAAUAUAAGCUACAACCGACACCGGCGCUGACCUUGCGAACAUUCGGUGGAGUCCUGGAGUUUUUGAUCUGCUUUGGAGCUACACCAAAUGAUGUCAUUAUCGAGUAUACGCAGACUAUUGGACGACCAGCUAUCCCACCAUACUGGGCAUUAGGUCUCCAUGAAUCCGCUAAAGUGGAAGAUAUGGAGAAGGUUGUUACCGCUGUGUCUCAGGCUGGCCUGCCCCUUGAUGCUCUGCACGUUUAUGCGAAACCAUCUGACCGAGAAUGGAGUGUGACAGUGUACAAAGAAGAUAUAAAAGCGCAGUAUCGUCGACUGAAGGCUGCUGGUGGUCACGCCCUUGUGGUUGUGCCACCACAUAUUCGGGUGGACUCUGAAGAUGAAGAAGUCCGAGCAGCUUAUCAAGAUGGCCUUUGGAGGGAUAUUUUUGUCAAAUGGCCAUCAUCAGUGCAGAACAGCUCAAACAAUUCUGAUAUUUCUCCAGGAUCUAUCGGUCCAGGUGGUGUCUUCUUAGGCAAGGAUAAAGCUGACCAGACAGUGGUCUUUCUGGAUUUCUUCAACCCACGCGCUGCCGAAUGGUGGGAUAAAUGGCUGACGUUAUUGCAUAGGAGUGUUCCCUGGGAUGGAUUCAGAUUAGGAGACAACCAGCCGUACUCCCAUGGCCCGAAUAUGUGCUCCCGAACCUGCCGGUUGGAGCUUCCGGAUGUAAAGCCAGCCGCAGUGCAGUUAACUGGUGGAGCUGGAAAUUCUAGCGGCUUGUUAUCGGAUGGAACACUCUGUAUGGGAACCGUGCACAACCUGAACAAUUCAUCUGUGUCGCACUACGAUGUCCACAACCUUUACGGCCUAACGCAAGCCAUCAUCACCAAAGCUGUCGCUGAAAGACUGACCAAAAGAAGAAGCAUUGUCUUCACUACUUCCAACUUCCCAACAAGUGGGACGGUUUCGGCCAUUUUUAUGACAUCCACGUUGGAGGGUUCAUUUGCUAAAGUCGUCCGCAACUCCAUAACAGCUGCAUUUAAUUUCAACAUGUUUGGCAUCACAGUCGCCGGAGCAAAUGUGGAAAGUGCUCCCAGCGAUGAGUCCCUUUGUCGGCGCUGGCAAGUGUUCUCUCUCUUCCACGUUCUGCCCAAAAGUGUGGCCUUCAAGUGCUUAAAAGAUGGAAAAGAGCCGUAUUCGUCGGUGAUCAGCGCCACCAAGAAAGCCCUUCAAGUGCGCUAUACGCUGUUGCCUUAUUUAUAUACGCUGUUCUUCCACGGUUGGAUGGAAGGUGAAGCCAUUAUGCGGCAUUUGAUCUAUGAGUAUAACUGGAAGAAUCACGAUCUGGGCAUGAUGGAUGUGGAUGAUCAGUUCUUCUGGGGAUCCGCGGUUAUGUUUGUGCCGCGAUUGGAUGAUAGUCCGAAGCGCAACGCUUAUAUUCCUUACGAUACGUUCUACUGCAUGAAGUCUGGCAAAAAAAUUGUUGGGAAUGGAAGCCGGCAAGAUUUGGACAUUCCAAUUGAUGAGAUCGGUGUUUAUCUGCGAGCUGGCUACAUUAUUCCGACCCAACCGCCGAAUGAUGCAAAAAACACAAAGGAACGGAGACGGCAGCCAUAUGGUCUCAUGGUCGCUUCUCAUAUCCAUACUGAUGGGUCAGUUUCGGCCAACGGUAACUUUUGGAUGGACGAUGGGGAAACCACAGACACCAUCGAAAAGCACGAUUACAUGUCAUGGUUCAUCUAUAAUCGUUGGAAAGAAGGCAAUCACAGCCGGGCGUUGUUGGAUUACGAUAUUGAACGUAAUGAACUGGGCCAUACGGAAGAUCUACACUUUGGUUUUAUUACUGUUUACGGAUACGAAGGAUGUGGUUCGCUGGAUGGUGUUAUUCUAAGACUGGACGGAACAAUAAUAACGGAGAAAACCGCCAAUACUGUGGACUGCGAUGCAAAAACAAAUAUUAUGAUGAUUAAGAUGAAUCUUCCUUUAAAUCGGAAUUUCAAGUUGGAGAUUAUACAUAAACUGAAUUAGGACAAUCUGCUCCUGGACCAAAACUAUAUAAUAAUUUCACUCCGCCACAUUGCAGGAAUUUUAAAGAUAUUUAGACUGUCGUUUGUCAGCUAUUCCAAAAACUGUAUGAGGGUGUUACGACAUGGCACCACAUUCUAGCUGCGGCUAACGAUUUUAUAAUAAAGCAGAAAGUUGCAUAACCGCCGUAACCUCCAACAAUUGUGUCAAUGUGCUGCUGCUUACAUAAGGCUUAGCGCAGCUUCUACUUACCCGAUCGCUUGGAUCAGAGUCUCCUGAACUACGCUUGCAUGGAUGCAUGUGCAGCACUUAUCGAAUGCAUAGCGCGCGGACAUCCAAAAACAAAUCUUAUGCCGUUAAAUUUGCAUUUCAUAUCUAAAGCGAAGCGACGCUUGUAACAUUUGCGAUUUAAUUCCGACAUAUCGUUAUUUGUAAGCUAGUAGUUUUUGCCACUUUCUGCUUCUUUCUGGCGGCUGCAGCGGUUAAGUGUUUCCAGUACUUACAGUAUUGUGUACUUACUACAAUUUCGCAAAAUCUUCGGUAGAAAAUGCC